AUGUCUCCCAAGCAAGGACGCAAGAUUGCCCUCGUCGGCGCCAGCGGCAAUGUCGGCAGCCAGACUCUAUCCGCCCUCCUCUCUCAGAAUAUUCACACCAUCACGGUCAUCCAGCGCCCCGAGUCCACCGCCGAAUUUCCUCCCAAGGUUAUACUCAAUAAAGGCCCGCUGGAUGACGAAGCCUUCCUUGCGGGAGCUCUCAACGGCCAAGAUGUGCUUGUACUCCAACUGCCUCGUCCCGUUACAGAUAUCCGGCCAGGCCUCAUCCGGGCCGCAGCGAAAGCCAACGUCAAGUAUAUUCUUCCCGUGGAGUUUGGAACCGACCCGGAAGCCAAGAUCGUCGACGAGUUCGAUCACCUGGCGCAGAAGCGCGAAACGCGGAAGCUGGUCGAGGACCUGGGCACCUCGAGCUGGAUCGCUGUCGUGACGAAUCCGUGGCUAGAUCUUGGGCUUUCCGUAGGCGGCUGGGGGAUCCGGGUUAAAGAGCGCAAGGCCGCACUAUUUGAGGGUGGAAAUACGAAGGUCAACACCUCGACUCUCAAACGAUCUGGCGAGGCGACAGCUGAGCUACUCAGUCUCCCAGAGACCGAGCUAGUCAAGUUCCGCAAUCGCGCUUUCUUUAUCUCGUCCUUCUACGUAUCGCAGCAGGAGAUUUUCGAGAGUGUCCUACGGGCAACGAAGACUACUGAAAAGGACUGGGACGUCACAACGCCUACCGUCAAUGAUGUGACUAAAGAGUCCGAUGAGGCGCUGAAGGCGGGUAACUUUAUGAAAAGCUUCCUGGAUAAGUACUACAUGACACACUUACGGGAGGGAUUCGGCGGUGACUAUAACGACAAGGUAGACUCGAAGAACUUGCGGCUUCCGGAAGAGGACUUCGACAAGGUGGUUGCGGAGACUCUAAAGUCUGCUGGACUUGCUUGA